AUUCGAACCUCUAAUGCUGAUAUUAGUGGGUCUCCGCGCCCUUUAACCGACUUCAUGAUAACACCAUCACCUCCACACCAUUAAUAGGCAGCUUAUUAGCGCUUCCGCCUAUAAGACUCAGCAGCUCUUCCGAAAGCGGCAAUUUUCUUAAUCCUGACUCAGCUCAUCGAAGUCAACUUCAGCAUAUAAGUUAGGUACUUAUAGUCUUUACUUAUAGUCUUUAUAGUAUCUACAGGCUCGAAACAGUAGAAGAGAAGCUACUUAUCAACUACUCCUCGAAGCUUAACGUAUCGAAUAGGUUACUACUUACCCAGGCAGUUGAAAAUGGCUCUCCAAUUCUUCACCCUCGACGUCUUCACGUCCCAACGACUCCAAGGCAACCCCCUCGCCGUAGUCACCGUCCCGGCAGCGCUCAAGGACAGCCUUACACAAGCUACCAAGCAGAAGAUUGCGCAGGAGUUCAAUCUCUCGGAGACGGUAUUUUUACACGAGGCAGCAGAGUCGAAUGCUGGGAACGAAGAGCGCUACAUCGAUAUCUUCACUAUCAAGCGGGAGAUCCCGUUUGCCGGCCACCCGACCAUCGGCACCGCGGUGCUAGUGAAAUAUCACCUUCACCCGCACGUGCAAACUCUCGUUACGAAAGCCGGUCCCAUUAGCAUUGUUCCGCAGCCGGAGAACCAGAUCCGCGCUAAGAUCCCGCACGACGUGCACCUGCAUACGCAGACGCUCGCGGACGUCGUCGCCGCCGCCGCAGCAGGGCUCUCGCCCGACCCGCAGAUCCGGGAGGCGGAGCUGCGGGCCCCAGUGUUCAGCAUCGUCAAGGGCAUGACGUUCGUGCUGGUGAAACUGCCGUCGCUGGAACUGCUCUCGCGCGUCAGCACGGGAUACAGGCUCGACUUCGAUAACCUGCCUAAACCGUUGUUGGACGAGGGGCCCUGGGGGAACAGUUUCGUCAGCCGGUAUUACUACGUGGAUGUGGGCGGCGAGGAGGAGGAGGAGGAGGAGGAGGGCGGCGCUAGGGCUAUUCGUGCGCGGAUGGUGCAGGGUGGGUUCGAGGACCCGGCUACGGGGAGCGCGGCGUCGGCGCUUGCGGCGUAUCUUACGCUUGGGGAGGAGAAGACGGGGAGGAGGUUUAGGGUUACGCAGGGGGUGGAGAUGGGGCGGAAAAGCGAGAUUAGUGUCGAGACUACGACGAGGGGGGGUGCUGAGGGGGGGGUUGGGUUGGUGGAUUUGUGGCUGGGUGGGACGGCGGUUGUGGUGUUGAAGGGGACUUUGACGCUUGAUGGGUUUGCUUGAGGGAUGGGUUGGUGGUACUCACUUAGUCGUUAUACUAUAGACUUUUAAUAGUCUAUUAAUAGGGGUUAUGGUUUACUUUAACUUCAAGUCUAUUACAACAGAAAUGAUAUAUUAAGAUUAUCUAUGGUUAAAGGAAAA